UUGAGGAUGUGGAUGUUGUGCAAUGGCUUUAUCAUUUUCUUCGCUUAUUUAUUGACAGCAUCAUAUGGUAGCGUGAAUUUGAAGACGUUAAAAGGAAAAGAUACGUAUACGGAAGAAUUGCUUAUUAAAAGAUUAAAAAGUGAGCAUCUGUUAGCACAGUUUCGGUUUGUUAUUACGUCGGAUGCUAAAUCAGGUUUCUGGAGGUUAAACGAAUGGGGUGUACAACCUCAACCAUCUUCACCAAGUGGUGCGCAAUUGUAUGCUUGGAUUGAUGGAAAUAAGACAAGCAAAUUAGUUGAUGAACGGUGGUCAAGUUUUGUGAAUUCGAUGAAUGGUAUUUUUUGUACGUCUCUUCUCGAUAUUUUGCCCACUUAUACAGCCGCACCACAGCUCUCAUUUUCGCAGAUGGGUUAUGUGCAUCACAAAGAUUCAUCACAAAUAAGGUACGCUGAUAAACUGAUUGUUUUUUCUCCAUUUGUUCUUGAGUUUCGUUCUUUGCGUCCAUUAUGGCGAUGA